AUGACAGAGCCGACUCACGACCAGACUCUCAACGACUCGGAUCCUGAAAAGCGUCUCGAUGAAUACAUCCAUGCGCAAGAAGGACAACAUGGUAGCGUGGAUCCCGACGCGAAGUAUGGGGGCCAUGAAACUCGUAUUUCUCUGGAGAAAAAGCUGCUUUGGAAGAUUGACCUGCGGAUGAGCAUCCUCAUCUUCAUAUACAUCUUAAAUUAUAUCGACAGAAACAAUGCUGCCGCGGCGCGUCUCCGAGGCCUCGAAGAUGACUUGAAUCUCAAAGGCGAAGAGUUUGCGACACUGCUGUCGAUAUUGUAUGUUGGCUAUAUCAUUAUGCAGAUACCAUCAAAUAUGUUCUUAAAUUGGAUUGGAAAGCCGUCUCUCUACCUUCCUGCAUGCAUGAUAGUCUGGGGUAUUAUCUCAUGUCUUACUGGCAUCACGCACAAUUUUGUUGGGGCACUGUUGACGCGUUUUUUCCUCGGCUUUGUGGAGGCUGCGUUCUUUCCCGGAGCCUUAUUCUUGAUAUCCAAAUGGUAUAAACGAGAUGAAAUUGGUCUUCGAACGGCAAUUUUAUACUGUGGUAACAUUAUCAGUAAUGCCUUUGGCAACCUGUUUGCAUCAGGUAUUCUGAGUGGUAUGGAAGGAAAGCUUGGACACGCCGCAUGGAGAUGGCUAUUCUAUAUCGAGGGUUCCCUCACCGUCUUCGUUGCUAUCCUAGCCAUAUUUAUCCUACCCGAUUUUCCUGCUACGACCAAGUGGCUCUCUCCUUUGGAGCGCCAACUUGCCAUCCAGAGAAUGGAAGAAGACGUUGGCGUUGGUGAUCAAAAUGAAACUGAGGACGGAAGUCCUUUGGGCGGCCUUUGGCUUGCGCUCAAGGAUUGGAAGAUUUGGUGGAUGUCCCUGGCCUUGACCGCUCAAGUCGUGGGGCUUUCGUUCAAUCAAUAUUUCCCUACGCUAAGUGCUACAAUGGGAUACAACCGCACGGUGUCUCUCCUCCUGUGUGCUCCUCCGUUCAUUUUUACAACUAUAUUAUCAUUCAUUAUAUCCCGCCAUUCAGACAAGACGAAAGAGAGAUUCUAUCACAUAGUCAUACCAUUUGUAUUUGGUAUCAUCGGGUUCAUCAUCGCAGUCUCCACCAUGAACACCGCUGCACGAUAUGUUUCUCUGUUCUUAAUGGCUCAGAGCUACGCAGGUUUUGUCGUGAUGUACGCUUGGAUUAGCAAUUGCUUCCCAAGGCCUCCUUCAAAGCGUGCUGUCGCACUCGCUCUAACCAAUGCAUUUUCGCAACUCGGAAAUGUCGCUGGAUCUUAUGUAUGGCCGAGUAUGUGGGGCCCCACAUAUAACAACUCAUAUUACACAUGCAUAGCGGUAUUCACUUUCACGAUUGUUAUGAACUAUAUAUUCAGGCAAUGCCUCAUUGCGCUCAACAAGAAGAUGGAUAAAGAUGAAGAGGAGAAGGGAGUGGAUGCUCACGGCUUUAGGUACUUGAUUUGAUGUGUACGUAUGUAGGAGAGGCGGUGCUCGCGCACAGUGUAAAGCUGCAGUUGUAUGGAAGGAGCAAUCUAGGUCUUCAAGGAAUGAAGCAUAGUUGCACAGGUGACCGUAAGGAGGA